UCAGCAUCCCUUGCUCCACUUGCCCUGCUCCCAGGGACACGGGCUGAGCUCCCCAGCAUCCUCCCGCUGGGGCAGCACGAUGGAGGUGGUCCUGCUCCACGGGCUGCUGCUCCUCUUCCCCUUGGCAGCCCUGCUGCUUUACCGGUACAAUGCCACCUUCCACUACUUCUGCAAGGUGGCCUUCUUCAACUGCUGGAUUGUGGCCAUGGCCACCCUCCUGUCCCCCUUUGCGGCUCUUCGGGGACGCUCCGUGGAGAACAUGAAGCUUCUGCGUGCCGCGAUCCUACCCCUCAAACACUUCUACGGCAUCAAGAUGCAGGUGUGGGGCUCUGAGCAUCUGAACAUCAAGGAGCCUUAUGUGAUAGUUUGCAACCACCAAUCUUCUCUUGACCUCAUGGGCAUGGUGGAGGUCAUUCCUGACCGCUGUGUGCCCAUCGCCAAGAAGGAGAUCAUGUACAUGGGCACCGUGGGGUGGGCCUGCUGGCUCAGUGGCAUCAUCUUCAUCGACCGCCACAAAAGAGAAGAUGCAAUCAAUGUCAUCUCCCAGACGGCCAGGAUCAUGCGGCGUGAAAAUCUCCGAGUGUUGAUUUUCCCUGAAGGCACGAGGAACCAGGACAAAUCCAUGCUGCCCUUCAAGCGUGGGGCUUUCCACUUGGCUGUUCAGGCUCAGGUUCCCAUUUUCCCCAUCGUGAUCUCCCCAUACUGGGACUUUUUCAGCUCCAAGGAUAAGAAAUUCACCUCCGGGACGUGCACCAUCCGAAUCCUCCCCAAAGUAGAAACCCAGGGCCUGAGCCCAAAGGAUGUCCCCGAACUGACAGAGACUGUCCGCCAGGUCAUGGCUGAUGCCCUCACUGAGAUGUCUGCAAAUCACUGUGGGGACCAGCGUGCUGAGCAGCCUCCGCUCCCACGCUGUGCUGGGACCGGUGCUGGCAGGGGGACGGGCAGCCCGCAGUGUGAGGAAGACACAACCGGGACCAGCAAUUAGGCAGAGGG